AUGGGCCUGUGCUUGGCGCCUGCGCUGCUGCUGCUGCUGCUGCAGCUGCUGGGGUCACCUGGCUCGGCCGGACGGAACCGAUGUCUGGACGCGGCCGAGGCGUGCACAGCGGAUGCGCGGUGCGAGCGGCUGCGCACCGAGUACGUGGCUCAGUGCUUGGGUCGGGUCGGGGCCGGAGGCUGCCCCCGCGCCCGCUGCCGCCGCGCCCUGCGCCGCUUCUUUGCCCGCGGGCCUCCCGCGCUCACCCACGCGCUGCUCUUCUGCCCGUGCGCCACCGCCGCGUGCGCCGAGCGCCGGCGCCAGACCUUCGUGCCAGCCUGCGCCUUCGCGGGGCCCGGGCCGACGCCGCCCUCCUGCCUCGCACCCUUAGACGCCUGCGAACACAGCCGGAUCUGCGGGCCCCGCCUCCUGGCCUUCCAGGCCUCCUGCUCGCCCGCCCCCAGCGCCCCCGACGGCUGCCUGCUGGAUGAGGCCCCCAGCUGCCUGCGUGCCUACGCAGGCCUCGUGGGCACCGCCGUCACUCCCAACUAUGUGGACAACGCGAGCGCGCGCGUGGCGCCUUGGUGCGACUGCGGAGCCAGCGGAAACCGGCGUGAGGAGUGCGAAGCCUUCCGGGGGCUCUUCACCAGGAACCGCUGCUUGGAUGGUGCCAUACAGGCCUUUGACAGUGGGUGGUCUCCAAUCCUGAAGAACCAGCCAGAUGUCCGCCAGGACCCUGAGCACAGCCUUCUGCAAAUAGCCCACUGGCAGUCUCUCUCGCGUGCUCUCGGGGAGACUGUGGCCCUGGUGUCAUCCCCGUGA